CGUCAGAAAAACAAGAAGCGCCAAACAUCUCUUCGGAGGAACAGAAGUGAAGCUGCUCCCGUGGAGCACAAUUACCUCCAAACUGCUGCGUUACCCUCCUGACCUGUCGAGGAUUUUACCUAAAACUGCUUUCAGCCUCCCUCAGUCUGAGGCUAUGAGAGGGAGAGAGGAGUCCCAGGCCGCACCAUCAUGCUACUUCUGAGAAGCUGGGAUGAGUCUUUGGCUGCCGAAACACAAGGUAUUACUCUCCCACUCCUCCACCAUGCCCGUCUGCGGCUGCCGCAGCCCCUCCCCGCCUCACGGCCACGCCGGGGCCUCCACCUCCAUCCCCUCGGCCGCCCAGGAGCAAGAGAGGCCGGUCCGACCCCUGCACCCUCCUCCGCCUCCUUCGCUUCACCGCCGCUCCAGCGCCUCUCUCUGCCUCUCCCUCCUUCUCCUGCUGCUCUGCCUUCUCCACCUGCCCCCGGCCUGCCACUCGCGGCGAGAGAAGGGCGGUGGAGGUGGUGGUGGAGGCGGCGGCCACUACGUACCCAUCCCCCAGCCCCCUCCGCACCACAUGGCCCUGCCCAACAUCCUCCGAGGCCUCAGCAUCGCCGUGGUCCUGGUGGGCAACUCCAGCGAGGUGGCGCUGGCCGGGGCCCGGGAGAAGGAUGACUUUCUCCACAUGGCGCCCAAUGUGGAGGUGCUGACCAUGAAUGAGACGGACCCUAAAAGCAUCAUCAAGAGCAUCUGUGACCUAAUGACCGAGCACUGGCUGCAGGGCGUGGUGUUCGGGGACGACACCGACCAGGAGGCCAUCGCCCAGAUCCUGGACUUCAUCUCGGCCCAGACCCACAUCCCCAUCCUCGGAGUCCGCGGGGGCUCAUCCAUGAUCAUGGCUGCCAAGGACGACAACUCCAUGUUCUUUCAGUUCGGCCCCUCCAUCGAGCAGCAGGCUUCGGUCAUACUCAACAUCAUGGAGGAAUACGACUGGUACAUCUUCUCCAUCGUCACCACCUACUACCCGGGUUACCAGGACUUUGUCACCAAGAUCCGUAGCACCAUCGAGAACAGCUUCGUGGGCUGGGAACUGGAGGAAGUGAUAUUACUCGACAUGUCCGUGGACGACGGAGAUUCAAAGAUCCAGAACCAGCUGAAGAAGCUGCAGAGCCCGGUCAUCCUUCUCUACUGCACAAAGGAAGAGGCCAACACCAUCUUCGAGGUGGCCCACUCGGUCGGGAUCACGGGCUACGGCUACACGUGGAUCGUGCCCUCUCUGGUAGCUGGGGACACUAUCGUCGUGCCUGCGGAGUUCCCCACAGGUCUGCUCUCCGUGUCCUACGACGAGUGGGACUACGGCCUCGAGGCCCGUGUCCGCGACGGCGUGGCGAUAAUCACCAUGGCGACCUCCACCAUGAUGAUGGACCGCGGACCUCACACCCUGCUGAAGUCCGAGUGCCACGGAGCCCCUGAAAAGAAGACCCCCAUCUCAGGCAACCCCAACGAAGUGCUCAGGUACCUGAUGAAUGUGACGUUCGAGGGACGUAAUCUGUCGUUCAGCGAGGACGGAUACCAGAUGCACCCCAAGCUGGUCAUCAUUCUGCUCAACAAGGACAGACAGUGGGACCGGGUGGGUAAAUGGGAGAACGGCUCCCUGUCCAUGAAGUACCACGUGUGGCCUCGCUAUGAACUGUAUGGGGGGGCAGCGAACAGGGAGGAUGACCACCUGUCCAUCGUGACAUUGGAGGAGGCUCCGUUCGUCAUUGUGGAAGACGUGGAUCCGCUUAGCGGGACCUGCAUGAGGAACACUGUGCCCUGCCGGAAACAGAUCAAGACACUUAAUCAGACGAAGGACUCGGGGAUCUACAUCAAGCGCUGCUGUAAAGGUUUCUGCAUCGACAUCUUGAAGAAGAUCGCCAAGGCGGUCAAGUUCACCUACGACCUCUACCUGGUCACCAACGGCAAACAUGGCAAGAAGAUCAAUGGGACGUGGAACGGCAUGGUGGGGGAGGUGGUGCUAAAAAACGCGCACAUGGCCGUGGGCUCUUUGACCAUCAACGAGGAGAGGUCAGAGGUCAUCGACUUCUCCGUCCCCUUCAUCGAGACGGGCAUCAGCGUGAUGGUCUCCCGUAGCAACGGCACUGUGUCGCCCUCGGCCUUCUUAGAGCCCUUCAGUGCGGAUGUGUGGGUGAUGAUGUUUGUGAUGCUGUUGCUGGUGUCAGCAAUGGCUGUGUUUAUAUUCGAGUACUUCAGCCCUGUGGGCUACAACCGCUGUCUGGCUGACGGCAGAGAGCCUCACGGUCCAUCCUUCACCAUCGGUAAGGCCAUCUGGCUGCUGUGGGGUCUGGUCUUCAACAACUCUGUGCCCGUGCAGAACCCCAAAGGGACCACCAGUAAGAUCAUGGUGUCGGUGUGGGCCUUCUUCGCUGUCAUCUUCCUGGCCUCCUACACUGCCAACCUGGCCGCCUUCAUGAUCCAGGAGGAGUACGUGGACCAGGUGACUGGUCUCUCGGACAAAAAGUUCCAGAGCCCCAACGACUUCUCGCCCCCGUUUCGGUUCGGCACCGUCCCGAACGGGAGCACAGAGAGGAACAUCAGGAACAACUAUCCAGAGAUGCACGGCUACAUGACCAAGUUCCACCAGAAAAACGUGAACGAGGCUCUGGGCAGUCUCAAGGCUGGCAAACUAGACGCUUUCAUUUAUGACGCGGCCGUGCUCAACUACAUGGCCGGCAGGGACGAGGGCUGCAAGCUGGUGACCAUUGGCAGCGGCUACAUCUUCGCCACCACCGGGUACGGCAUCGCCAUCCAGAAGGAGUCGCUGUGGAAGAGACACGUGGACCUGGCCAUCCUGAUGCUUUUUGGAGACGGUGAGAUGGAGGAGCUGGAGUCCCUUUGGCUGACGGGGAUCUGCCACCACGAGAAGAACGAGGUGAUGUCCAGCCAGCUGGACGUGGACAACAUGGCCGGCGUCUUCUACAUGCUCGGUGCCGCCAUGGCUCUGUCGCUCAUCACCUUUAUCUGCGAGCACUGGUUCUACUGGCAGCUUCGCUUCUGCUUCAUGGGCGUCUGCUCCGGCCAGCCCGGCUUCGUCUUCAGCAUUAGCAGGGGCAUCUACAGCUGCAUCCACGGCGUGCAGAUCGAGGAGAAGAGCAGCUCGGCCCUGAACUCCCCAUCAGCCACCAUGAACAACACCCAUUCCAACAUUAUGCGCCUCUUACGCACCGCCAAGAACAUGGCCUCCCUGUCAGGGGUGAACGGCUCACCACACAGUGCCCUGGACUUCAUCCGUCGAGAAUCUUCUGUCUAUGACAUCUCUGAGCACCGGCGCAGCUUGGCAGGCCACUCGGACUGCAAGCCUCCUUACCUGCCGGAAGACAACAUGUUCAGUGACUACAUCAGUGAGGUGGAGAGGACGUUUGGCAACCUCCACCUGAAGGACAGCAACCUGUACCAGGAUCACUACCUGCACCAUCAUGGCUCAACGCUGGGGCUCAGCGGACCUCCUCCCAACAGGCCCCAGAGUUUGGGCAGUGCGAGUUCACUGGAGGGCGGCAUGUUCGACUGUGACAGCCUGGGUGGUGGGGUGGCUCCUAUUUUCACCACCCAGCCCUGUUCUGCACUGACUCACAGGAACAUGAGCAAGUUUGACCUCCUGUCUGGACAGACUCCCCCCUCAGGCCAGAGCUUCAAGGGAGGCCUGCCAGACGUGUAUGGUAAGUUCUCUUUUAAAGGAGGUGCCUCAAGUUCCACCUUCAUCCCUGGGCACAGCUAUUGUCCCGGGAGAGGAGAGGAAGAUGGGAAUAUACGCUCGGAUGUCUCAGACAUUUCCACGCACACCGUAACGUACGGGAACCUGGAGGGCAACGCCAAGAAGCGCAAAAAGUAUCGCGAUAGCCUGAAAAAGAGGCCGGCCUCUGCUAAGUCCAGACGGGAGCUGGACGAGAUCGAGCUGGGCUACAGGAGGAAACCCUACCACAUCAGCCACCACCACUACCACGGCCACCGCUCAGCCUCCCCACCUCUUUUGCCCCCUGAACGCAAAAGAGGAGGUGGUGGAAACAAUGAUGGGAACUCCUAUGUCUUCAGAGAGAAGGAGAGUGUGAGGGAUUUCUAUUUGGACCAGUUUCGGCCAAAAGAAGGCGUCCCUCAGUGGGAGCAUGUGGACCUGACAGAGGGCCCUGGGAAUAGAGAUGGGGUUGGGGGGCCCUGCACCUCGCUGGUCCCGGUGGAUGACUUCCUUAAGAGCAAACCCAAAAAGGUUGAUUCUAAGAGUGGGGGAGGAUCUGGAUUGGCAGGGGGAGAGUGGGAGUGCAGGAACUGUCGGGCCAGCGGGGGAGGAGGGGGCAAGCAGAUGUCCAUGCACGGAGGAGGGGGCGGUGGCGGGUACGGUGGUGGCAUAAGCUGCGGGACCUCGGGAGGCGGCGGAAACAGCCGCCCCAGUUCGGCGACCUGCAUGCGCUGCGAGGGCUGUAAAAAGACAGGAAACCUCUAUGAUAUCAGCGAGGACAACAACCACCUCUUGGAACAGAUGGGGGGAGGUGGGGGAGGAGGUAUGGUUGCAGGCCCUCAGUCUCAAUCUCAGGCCCAGCAGAGGAGGAAGAGCGGAGGAUUCGGCAAGCCGCUCCGGCGGCAGCACUCGUACGAUGCGUUUGUCGACCUUCAGAAAGAGGAGUCGGGUGGGAUGGGAAGUUUGAUGGGUCUAGGAGGAGGUGGAGGGAUGGGUGGGGCAGGCAUGGGAGGGAUGCUGCCUCCACCCAGGAGUGUCAGCUUGAAGGAGAAAGAACGCUACAUGGAGGGCACCAGCCCCUUCGCACACAUAUUUGAGCGUCACGGGGGCUCGGAGAGAGAAAGGGAAAGAGACAGGGACCCGCUGUUUUACGGAGGUGAGAGCCGGAAAGGAACCGGCUCACCGUUCGGCUUGUUCAGAGGCGGCGACGGCCUCCACCGCCGCUCCAUCGGAGAGAGAGACACGAGAGACAGGGAUAGGUCUCUGAUGGAAGGAGGAGGCGGGGGAGGGUUCUCUUUAUCCAAAUCUCUUUACCCCGACCGGGUAAACCAAAACCCCUUUAUACCCACCUUUGGGGACGACCAGUGUCUGAUGCACGGAGCCAAACAAUAUUACAUGAAAAAGCAACAGCAGCAGCAGCAACAACAAGUUGCCAAAAACAGCCGAAGUGACUUCAGGGCCCAGAUGAGCACGACGUCAUAUCUGCCAGCGUCUGCCACGGCCGGGGUGGUGUCCAACGUGGCCCCCCGGUUCCCAAAAGAGCUCAGCCUCGGUGGGAUGAACCACCACGGCUCCAUGCUGGGGGUCGGCCCCCCACGUCAAUUCAACGGAAGCAAUGGCCAUGUGUACGAGAAACUCUCCAGCAUUGAGUCUGACGUGUGAGCGUAAAUGGAGGGGGAGGAGCAGGUAAUGGCAAGAGAGAAAGAAGGGGGAGAGGGUGUCAGGAGAUCAGGGAUGAUUUCAAAGACGCUGUUCGCACACGGCAAACCUGAGACAGAGGAGGAAACGACCGUGAGAUCGAAAAAUUACAUGUUCGAUUUUUGCAAGAAAAUCUGGGUAAAACAAUCAGGACACCCUGAGGAGGUGUGGAAUGUAAACCCCUCUCUCAGAAAUGGCCAAAGCUUCUUUACUUGACGAGUAACAUUCCCCCUCAAAACACUCGAGUCCAUCAAAUCCUCCACCAGUGCGGCAGAAGUCACUGUACUCGGUUCUUAUCGCAAAGAGAUGACACCUCAUCUCGGUUUGAUACUGGACAUGUGUGGCCUGGUGCGGUGUGAUGGCCGUCUGAGAGCUCCCGCCGAGCGCUGGUGAGGAAGGACUGCGAGAGCGGAGAGAGAGAGAGGCGAGCUGCCCAUCUGCCCCUGUGUCACCACAGAAAGGAGACGUUGUCACUCUCUCUCUCUCUCUCUCUCUCUCUCUCUGUGGAAGGCCCGUCCAUCUCUCUCUUCGUCCUCCGCUCUCUCCUCUUCUCUCGCGGCCGCCGCUCCUCCUCCUCAUCCCUGACGCCAAAAGAGCCGAUCUUGUUUGCUAUGAGAAAUACAAUCAUAAAUGGUAAUAACAUAUUCUUAUAGAAAAAAAAAACAGGGUAUCAGAACAACAAUAAUAUUGAUAACGUUGUGAAUAACAAAGAUGUUAGUAUUGAUGAAGAUAACACAGCUUAUGAUAUCACUAAGUUUUUUUCCUUGUUUCAUGUUCUGUUGGUAGAAUAUUUCACUACUGUUUUAGUAUCUGUAGUUGUGUUCUGUGACAGCGGGAAGGUCGUUCUCUUCUUCAACCAACAAGCCAGAAAGACUGAGUCCUUAACUCCUGAUUUUAUUUAUUUAUUUUCUUUCUGUAGAAUAUUUUGCUUCAUGCUCAUUCAUUUAUUUGCUCCUCGUGGGAAAAAAGACGGGAUCUGGAGGACACGUUUGGAGCUGACAGAUCCUGACUUGAUGUUUCAAGACGUUACAAAUCAAGUGCACACACACACACACACACACAAACUUUAACACACACAUUUUGUUUUGUGAGUCUGAACUUGUGUUACUGUGAACAACACGUUUCGUCACAAGCUGAAGAUACAGAGAGGAAGGACGUGCCUUAAUGGUCUCCAGUGGAUGUGUCCUCCAGUUCACACGCGGCGGCACCGGGACGGACCAGCGUGCUUUUAGGCUGCUGCUGCUGCGGCGGCGGCGGCGUUCUCUUCACGUUUAUGAGCCAAAACUGCAGUAAACAUUUACAGCAGGCUUGAGACGCUGCCGUCGAGAUGUUUUAUAACUUCGUAAAAUAAUUUCAUAUGUCAAAGUAUGGGCAGUGCUUUAUGAAGCGGUUGUAUUCAGGAUGUCCCACUGUCACGGAUAGACCGACGGGUCUCACUUCACAACACGGCAGCCUUUAGACCACUUCUUUUAUUCAGGUUACAUAACAACAGUCACCAGGCACUUACUUUUUUUGGCCUCUCACUAGUAUCUUCGCAGAAGGCAUCACUCUUCACUCAUGUGAGCGGUCUGAGAGGCGCACACGGAAAGCUUUGCUCAGACUAUAUAUGCACUGUUCUUUAUGUCGGCGAAAUGCUACGAAACGUGUGGGAGAGGUGUUGUUGCCCCGUGACAAUGAUGCUGGGAAAAGCUUGAGCCGAGGAGGAUGUCUAUUUGGGAGAGAGAGGCCUCUCGAACGCCGUCCGUGGCGUCGGGAAAGGCGGCCAUGUUGUGAAAACCUUUUUCAGGCACUUUGACUAAUAGUCUUUUAAGCUGGAGAGGCCUCAUUUAUUGCACAGGACCUUUUCCUCGGUGUAGGUUCAGGCACUUGGUAGACAUGCCUUAUCAUCCCAUCUCCCCCGCUCCCCCCCCCCGAGCUGUCUGCUGAUGACUCAUCAUAUUACUGUACAGAAUAAGGACGCCUCGAUUAGUUAUUUAAAGGUUUGAUCUUCGAUUAGCGGGCGGUGUCAGGAGUUCAAGGGCUGCAGGAGAUUGCGCUGGAGUGCUGGCCUGAGAUUGGAGAAGUGUGUAGAAUGUGAUCUCUGUCGUAUACCCUGAUGUAAAUGCACCAGUGUAAUAGUGUGUGUGUGCGUGUGUGUGUGUGUGUGUGUGUGGAGGGGUAGCAAAUUUUUUUUUCUACCACUAACCUGCUGAUAACUCCUCAUAAAUUCAACAGCCUCCGUUAACAAUGUGAAAGUGAGACUGAUAAAGUUAGCCUUAAAUCAAACAGAUUCACCCCCUGCUCCCCCGACCCAUUAAUGACUCUCCCGCUAAAUACGUCGGGAUCUCUGGAAUUUUUAUACGCACAUAUUUUUGAGCGUUCAGGUCAACCAUUAUCAGCGAGGGAGGGCGUGAGACGACGAGAGGGCAGGCGGAGAAACCACGAGGAAAUAAGACGGAGCCGAGGCGCGACUCGGGAGUUGAGCAUCAAUCAGUGUCAGCGUUAGUUUGUUGAAUCUUUUCCUUGUAAAUAAACUAUUUAAAAACUCUUUUCACUUUGUACAGUAAACAGACAGACAGGAUGUAACUUUAAAUAUGUUUUACAGCAAUUUAAGAAAUAAAGAAAACGCAAAUAAAAAUUCACAAAAAACAGAAAAAAACACACAAACAAAAAUAUGCAAAAUAUAGUUAACACAAAUAUGACUAAUCAUAAGUGAUAUAAUUGAACCUCAUUUUCUUUCAAUCUCAUGUUUACUUAAUUAUGAUAGUUUACCGAUCAGUAUACUGAUUAUGUUAAGAAUUAUGCUUUUUUCUUAUUUUCACUCAAGUGUUGGAAAUUGAGGAUAAUUUAUUGUAGGUGUAGACGUUUGGUGAUAAAAGGGGAAAGUUUAGUUUUAGGAGUCUUUGCUAAGUUUCCCUUGAAUUGUGUUAGACUCUUUUUAAGGUAAGCUCUUCUUCAUGCUUUUUGAGAUAAAUUCAAUUAUCUACACAUUUAUGUAAUACAAUAUUACAUGUAUACAUAGAUGAUAUUUGCAUAUAGAGGCAGUAUAUUGUGAUCCUUCAUUUUUAAGCUGCAGUCCUUAUUAAGAACCUACGAGACGUUUGUGUUUUUGUUGCCCGUUUUUUUGACCUGGGCUCUAAUGAUGAUUGCACACAGAAUUUAGAGCCAUCGUCGGCCCGGCCUAUCCCGUUCCCUUUCUAUGUUUGGGAUAGACAUCACUGUGGUAAAGGAAAUUACACACAUGCACACACACACGUUUAAACACAUGCACACACACACACACACACACAUGCACACUGGAGAUUUCCCAGUGUUGAUUUUGUUAAUAUUGCUGAGAAUUUCAGCAGAAGGACGAGUGUGGUUUCCUCUAAUUGAGAAUCCAUUUGAAGCUGAAAUGCAUUUGUGCAACCCCUUAUUAAAAAGGUGAAACAUCCGUUCUGUCAUGUUUCAUUUGAUGUGGAGUUUGACUUCAGCGGAAUCGGCUGCUCUCGACACCGUUUGGCUCCGUGUUCCUGAACCGUGUUGUUCGACAGCUCAAAUCACAAAUGCUUCUGGAUUCUGAUUUAAUUUUUGAGCGACUACUCUUUCCACUGCUUGUUUCUCUGAUUGAGAUGGAAAAGUAUAUAGUUUGUAAUAUGUUGUGUACAUAUGGAAUUGUGGCCCCAUGCACUUAAAACAUUAACUCCUUGGUUCUUCUUCUGUAUUUUUACUGUUUUCAAUAAUUCUCCACAAUCUCCUCCCCGGCCCCCGAGAAAAAGAAAUGUACCUUUCCUCUGUUUUUCUUCCCAACUGCAUUCACGUCCAGAGGGUUGAUUGAAAAGUGAAAAAUGUAUCUCUGUGCACAUACGCUAUAUUAGGUUUGCAGGGUUUUUGUUUUUUUUCAUACAAGCCACCACGUUUAUUCAACUCAUUUGCAAUAAACAGCAUGACCAAACAGAAAAAUGUGCUUACUCUACACUGUAUGUGCCAAUACAUCACGUCCCCUUGUUUCUUUUCUGGAAGGAUAGCUAGGGCCAGUUUGCAGCUGCUCACUGGGAAGCGGAGCUGCACCUGACACUGUGGUAAACAUGCUAUCAUCAGGCCUUUCCCGCCUCCAGCUGCUCUGCUCUGCAGCCAGCGUGCACAGGUCGGCCAGCGAUGCAGAGUAAGCACGGGCUCGUCAGAAGUCUUUAUUUCCCCGAAGGCCGAAUCGGUCCCAGCCUCCUUCCUCUGCACACGAGCAUGCCACAACACAUUUGUUCAAACGAUUCAUGUAGAGCAAAACACUGUGUCACAUCUUUUUUUUUUACAACACAAGAAGUGGUUGUGGCAAGUUAGUGGGCUGGAACAUCCUGAAGGUGGAGGAUGUAAAUAUCACCUCAGCUGACGUGUGUUUUUCUGUCAGGAGAACUGACACAUGGGACCAAAUAACAGCGUGACACGGUCAGCUGCAGGGUCGACGUUAACUGACUUGUGAAAGUGGGUUUUUGUUUGUGCUUUGGUAUUUGAACGGUUAUUUGACGUGUUUGUUCACGGUGACUGAGUCGAGCUGCUAAUUUCUAUCAAUGAGUCACUGGUGUGAUUUCAUCUCAUGCAGACAGGAGGAAUUAUACUGUGAAUCUGAUUGUUUUAUUGUGAAGGGCAAUGAAAUUUUAGCGGCGUACAACUUUCCAGCUCACUAUGAUUCAUUACGGAACUUGUUUACUAAUAUUUUAAAGGUUUUUCUGUGUGUUUGUGUAUGGACAUGUACCGAUAUCGCUUUAUAUUGAUGCAUUCAAACUUUUUAUUAAAUUGUGUACAGUU